GGAUGAUAAUAAAACUCGAACAGUCAUCACUAUUGUUGUUUCAGUUAUUUCUUUCGUGAUAGUACUUAUUGUAUGUAUUUGCACCUUCUUAAGAAAGAGAAAGCAGAGGAAGCCAAAGAAGAAUGUUGAAAUUUGUAAGGAUAUGGAUGAAAUUAGCACAGUGGAAUCCUUGCAAUACGACUUUGAGACUAUUAGUGUUGCAACAAAUAACUUCUCUGAUGCUAAUAAGCUCGGACAAGGUGGAUUUGGUGUUGUUUACUGGGGUAGGCUUCCAAAUAGACAAGAAAUAGCUGUGAAAAGGUUAUCUAGUGAUUCUGGACAAGGAGAACUAGAGUUUAAGAACGAGGUUAUGCUAGUUGCCAAGCUUCAACACAGGAAUUUGGUUAGACUAUUGGGAUUCUGCCUUGAAGGAAUAGAAAGAAUUCUUAUUUACGAGUUUUUGACCAAUUCGAGCCUCGAUAACUUCAUAUUCAAUCCCAUUAAUCGUAUACAAUUGGAUUGGGAUAUGCGUUACAAGAUCAUAAGAGGCAUUUCUCGUGGACUUCUAUAUCUUCACAAAGAUUCACGACUUCGAAUUAUUCAUUGUGAUCUCAAAGCUAGCAAUGUUUUGUUAGAUGCACAGAUGAACCCCAAAAUUUCAGAUUUUGGCAUGGCAAGAUUGUUUGUAUUAGAUGAAACUCAAGGGAAUACAAGCAGAAUCGUGGGAACCUAUGGAUAUAUGGCUCCAGAGUAUGCAAUGCAUGGCCAAUUUUCAGUCAAGUCAGAUGUGUUUAGUUUCGGUGUCUUAGUUUUGGAAAUUGUGAGUGGUCAAAAGAAUAAUGGUUUCCAAAAUGGGGAUAAUGUGGAGGACCUCUUAAGUUAUGAAAGUAUGAAUUAAUAUCAAUGACAACUU